CUGUAUGAACCAGUCUCCAGCUUCACUGAUCCCCCUGCUCCUCUACCUGGACUCAUUAUUCACACACAGGCAGGUUUCAGGUCGUGUCCUCACCAUGUCAGAAGAAUGCAGCAGAACUGUGGACGAUUUGAGGACCUUACUCAAGUCCAGCGACGGAUUCAAUUCACAGCAAAGGAUGAAGUUCUACGACAGCUGGGCAGAGACGUACGAACAGGAUCUCCAGAUGGUAAACUUCAGAGCACCGAAUUUGGGGGUAGAUUUGCUGAAUGCCAACUUCUCUGGGAAUCGUGAGGAGGUUCAGGUUCUGGAUGUUGCCUGUGGGUCUGGACUGGUCACUAAACUGAUGGUUGAACUGGGCUUCAAGCACUUUGUGGGAGUGGACGGCAGUCAAGGCAUGCUGGAUCAAGCUGCUAAGACCGGCCUCUAUAAGGAGCUCAAACUGGCCUUACUGGGAACAGAACCACUGCCUGCACAGACUGGUACGUUUGAUGUGGUGAUCAUCGUCGGUGCUCUGGAUACUGGUUUUGUACCAGUCAGUGUUGUCAGGGAGCUCUGCCACGCCGCCAAACCAGGUGGUUUUGUCUGCAUAUCCAGAGGCGACCACAGAGGAACAGCAGGAACAGAAUACAAGAAGGAUCUGGAGAGAGUGCUGCAGCUGAUGGAGGAGGAGGGACUGUGGAGUCCAGUAGGACUGAAACAGACGGACAGAUACAUGGAGGACCUAGAUCUGAACCCUGAGGAAGUCCAGGAGCUGCAGCAGGAGGAGAGAUACAUCAGAGGGACUGGUUAUCUGUACAAGAAAGCAAUCCAUUCAAAUAAAUUAUCAAACUGAAAU